AUGGGCAUAUUCACGAUGGUACAGGCCUAUGAAGACGAAUUCACAGAACUACGUUCCUGUCUUCCCACCUUCCCUUAUGAGCGCCGACUCUCGAAGAUCGACACCCUUCGACUUGCGAUAGCCUACAUGGCCCUACUCUAUGACAUCCUAAACAACAUGUCGCCGUUCGACCCAUCCGCUCUGCCUGUGGCCAUUGGUCCCCCUCGUCUUCGGAGAAAAAUGGCAGCCCACCCGGAGACUGGCCGAGACGGAGGAGAACUAGCCAAACCGUCGGAGGAUAGGCCAAGGACAGGGUUCAAGCAGACGCAGACCGAAGUGGCAGUCACCCGACUUUCCUCCAUAGGCGCA